AUACCCUGCGGUUGGCCCCCUUGUUUUCUUAUCGUGGACGUUGUUUACUUACCUCAAUGACACACCUAGCCGUGUGUGUACGUCGAAUGCCAUGUUUACUACGAAUGUGUCGAUGUCGUGCCAUUAGUUUGCAAGCGGCUGGAGGUGUGUGUGGUUUGAGCUGGAGAAACAACCGUCAAUUUAACAUGUCAACGGUCACCACUUCCGGUUCCUGGUUGAAUGAGAUUCUGGAGGACCAAUCAACGCAGAAAUACUACAUUGAGAAUAAGACGUUCCGGAGCAAUCACAUAGCACAUGGCAUCAUCGCUAUAGACAGGCUUGGCGGAGGCCAAGACAGGGUUAAGAGAUUUAUUGACGACUAUGGGAAUCAAGGCAACCUUGAACCACCAAAUCACCCACUUCACAGUGACGAAAGUACUGACGCAGAACCCGCAACUGACGACGAACUUCACAAACUUCUUGGACAACGAAAAUUGUACUACAAGAUACGGAAUCGAUUUAAUAUGAAACAACAGGAAUAUGGAUCAAUGGAGGAAAUGCUGAGAGAAGAGUUCCCAAGGUUGAGUAGAGGGUUAGUGUGCUCGGCUAUCCACGGGUUAAUACACACUGGGUAUGGCUACAGUGCAAAAAGUCUGACCACUGUUACUGAAGGACUGGCAUAUCUACACCACUCCUAUAAGCCGCUCAUGUUUGACGAGAUGAAUCCAGAUAAUGACAUCAGCAAUUUUGGGAAAGGAGAAACCGAUAUUUUAGCAGUACUUGCCGAACUGAAGGACGAUGAACAGUUGAGAAAGUCAAUGAGAGAUGGAGUAAAGAAGCUUUCACAAAGCGAUUGGGAUUCUGGUCAAUUUCAGUACGCUGUAGCUGCUCUUAUGGGAAUGGGCGACGUUCUUAUGAAGUAUGCAUAUAAAAUCAAAGUUCCGGUUAUAAGUAAUUGCGAGGACGAAGCUAGCCUCGCCGUGGCCGUCUCUGAUUGGUUGGUUGACCAAGCUAUUGCUGUUUAUGCAUUGUCGGAACAGCCUAACAACUUCUUUCUUGUUCAUGGUGUCACAUCGGCGUGGUCGCUGCGUCAGAUUAUCACUGUGCUUAAACCUCCAGAUGCCAUUGAUACGCUGAGAACGUUCACGUGUGUUUUGUUGGCGGCUUACCUCUCUCAGGAAUGUCCUGCCCUAACGAACAAACCGAAAAUCACACGAAGUGCCGUCACUACCUCAGAUUGGCAGGACAUUGUCAACAAAACUCUGUCACGCGAUUGCGACGAACAUAUCUUUAAACUUGUACAAGUCUGCCGUGAUAUGUGGCACCAAGAGAACGGUUCGGACAAAGCUGACCUCUAUUUACACGCCGCUCAACAGUGUGUCGACAACGACCUCAGUUUUGUUGAUAUCAACGUGUCUUAGGAAUAACAUAGUUUUCUUCACAGGGCAUUAGCAUUUCACCUAUAUUAAACACUACAACGUCACAGUUUCCUGUGUCGUCGCACAAGAUGUAGUUGUUAUGAUGACGUCAUGAUGUUUACCAGAUGGGAAGAUUUGGUCGUGUGUAAACAGGAUUUUAAACAUAUUAUGAAAAGUUUUGUGAAAAACAAGUCCCAAAACUCGUGAUGGUUGCACCGUUGCAUUUAUUUUUAUCUGUUCAAGUGUUAAAAGACACUUUUUGAAACGACCCUGUAUGCUGAUAAUUGGAUAUAUAUUAUAUUUGAUAUAGAUUAUAUUCUUUUUGAGAUAAAACGAUAUUUAAUAAAUCAUAUAUUAAAAGC